AUGCCUUCCCGGGCCAGAACCAUGAGCACCAUAUCCAUUGGCCCCUCCCACCAAGAAGAUCCCACCGUCCGUCUCCUGGAUAUACAAUCUCAAGGGACCAGUCGCGGCACUUCCAACACCCGCAGUCGCAAUAGCCUCGACGACCUGGCCAGCGCGAUUCUCGAAGAUACAACCAUGACCUCCGCCUUGGAGUCGCCGGUUGAUCGGGGCCCUCGAGUUGUCUCUGAUGAGACCCCAUGCACCGUCACUCGCGUGUAUCCCCAUCCUAUCCAGAACAUCGCCAUAGUUGAAGAUGAUGGAGUUGAGGAGGCACCCGCCGCCAAUCGAAAGAUUCGCCAGCGACCCGCUCCUGUCGUGCGACCCUCACCCAGCCUACCCAGAAGGUCGUCGAGACGCCGGUCCACUCGCCAGCGACAAUCUCCCCCAGCUCCUCCACGAGGUGACUACGUCAAGGGACUCCCAAAGUCCAGUACGGGCGCUCUGAAUCCCCUGGCAAUGCAUCCGCCGAACAGUAGGAUGACCAAGUUGCCCGCAUCGGCAACAAUGCCAUUGACAACCCUUCACGGACAGUCCAAUGCCUCCCCGACGACCUCCAACAAGCCUGUCAGCUUUGACCCUGCAGAGAUUGCCGACAAGAUCGAAAAGAUGCUGGCUGCUACCCAGGCACUAAAGUCAGAGCCACAGCCUGCACAACCUACAACUGCGAUUCCCUCCAGUAGCACGUCUUCAAAAGUCUCUCGCCUAGUCAAGAAGAACGGCCUAUUUAAGAAGGUUUCCCAUGCGCUUUCUGAACGGCGGCUUUUCCCCAAGAAUCAGUCCAAAGAGUCAAAGGUGCAAAACACCGUGGAAGAGGAGGACGAAACAGAACUUGUGGCACCACAAGACGUUGCAGGGAAGAGGACAGGUCUGAAAUCGAUCGAACUACGCCUUAAUGAGGGUGUGAACUUGAACAAAGACAAGGUUCAAAAGAUCUUUGGCGGAAAAGUCCGUCGCAAGCCCGUUCCCAUGAACGGCAAGACCUUACGCACCCGUAGGUCGCUGGAUGAUCCUUUUUCGUCUCCAAGCUCACUCCGGCGGCAUGUCACCGAGUUUGAAACCCGUCUUCGAGGAGACUCUGUGGACGAUUCUGUGCUGCCGCCUCUUUCAUCCGAAAAUCCAUUCGAGUCGGAGAGAGUGAUGGAGGGCAGCCUGGACUCAAUCCUCCCGUCUGCUCCCAUUGCCUCAUCAACCCCCCGAAGGGGCUACAAGCGCACUUCGUCGCCCAGCGAGAGUCCUACCAAGAAACCUCGUGGUGGUCUGCGAAGCCGCAGCAUCGAUUUCAAUACUAUUUUGCCCAUGGGUCUAUGCUCGGAGAGUGCGCAACCCAAGAAAAACCCCUUGGCUUUGUCUUCGGGACUUGCCAACAUGUUCUCUUACGUCCCUGUUGUUGAUGACUUCGAGAGAAAGAAACAUCCCUCCCCCGCCAAGGGUGACUUGGAGCUCAUGACCAUGGAGUUUCGCACGCAGUAUCCGGACGUGCUUUUGGGCCGCGCCGCAGUAAAGCAAGAUGAGCAAGACGAGCUUGCUCGUAGUACCCUUCAUUUGCCCGGCUACGACGCCGAUCGCGAGAACAAGUACCUUCGUCCACCUUGCGCCAGUCGCUCCGCCAGCAACCGAUCCGGGGAGAGUACAGAGGAUGACGAGGCAAUGGUACCCUUGCUGAGACCUAGUCGAUCCAGGCAGCUUCACGGUGUCCCGCGCAAAGCUGUCAUCAAACCUGCCGGCAUCGCACGUUCUCGGACAGACUCGCAGCUCACUUGCAACCCGUAUGUUCGCCAUAUGGAGACUGACGAGCUCCAGAGGGAUUCUCCCGCCACGAAGCAUGGUUAUAGACCUCUUGGCUCACAGGAAGUUUUUUGA